CCCAACACUCAAGCAAAUACAUUUGUAGUCCAUAAAACUUCUCUAUCUUUUCUCAAUUUUUGUAACAAUGGAAAUGGUUAGCAAAAUUGCAUGCCUUGUUGUUUUGUGCAUGAUAGUGGUUGCACCCCAUGCAGAGGCACUAAGCUGCGGCCAGGUUACAUCUGGCUUGGCUCCUUGCCUCCCAUAUCUCCAGGGACGCGGCCCUCUAGGAGGGUGUUGUGGUGGAGUUAAGGGUCUGUUGGGUGCAGCCAAGACCCCAGCGGACCGAAAGACAGCAUGUACUUGCCUCAAAUCAGCCGCUAGUGCUAUUAAAGGCAUUGAUGUGGGCAAAGCCGCUGGUAUCCCUAGUGUUUGUGGCGUAAACAUUCCUUACAAGAUCAGCCCCUCCACUGACUGCUCCAAGGUCCAGUAAGGUUGAAGAAAGUUCAAUUUUCCAAGGCAUAAUUUG